CGUGUGUGUGCGUGCAUGUGUGUGUGUGUGUAAGCGCCUCCGUGCAAUCUAUUAAGUGUGGAAUAGCAAAUAUCAAUUGAAUAUAGAGAAUAAAUCAAACGAGCGUCCGACCGCUGGCGUUCGCCCUAAAUAAUUGUUGCUUCUAGUGCGAUUUCCCGUUGCUGUAGUCGUCGCCGUCGACGUCGUUGUCGGUGUUGUCGCUAUAUUGCCUUAAUGUUUUUGUUGUUGUUGUCGCUGUGUAUCUGUUGACGGCAACGCGCAACGGCCAACUGAUGAAUUUCAAUUGUUUUCAUUAAACGGCACAGAAAGAAGAAUAAAGAAAACAAAAUUUAUGCGCGCGCCGCACGCCCCAAGCGACGCCCCGCCACCGUUACCGUUACCCAAUCCGCCCCAGCCGUUACCAAAAGGCGAAAAGCAGCAGCAAUAGCAGAAGCUGCCCGUACGCAUACACGGACACACGCCCCAGACCCAGAUCUGAAGUGCCCCAAAAAAAAAUAUGUCCUCCAACAGCUUUGGCAGCGGUGCUGCAGCUGCAGCUGCGAUAACCUCGGCCUCCGCGGCGGCCGCAGCCGCAGUAGCGGCGGUUAACGCUGAUUUGUGGCGCGAAUGCGUUGCCUGGUUGGUCCGCUGCAAGGUUAUACCCUCCGACCACAAGGCCGCCCUGCCCGACGCCGAGAUACGCAUACUGGCCAUGACAUUGCGCGACGGUGUGCUACUCUGCAAUCUGGUCAUACACCUGGAUCCCAGCAGCAUGGACGCGCGCGAGUUCAAUCGGAAGCCCCAAAUGGCCCAGUUUCUGUGCUGCAAGAACAUCAAGCUGUUCCUGGAUGUGUGCCACAAUCAUUUCAAUAUACGUGAUGCGGACCUGUUUGAGCCCACCAUGCUAUACGAUCUAACCAACUUCCAUCGCGUGCUCAUCACCCUCUCCAAGCUGUCGCAGUGUCGCAAGGUGCAGCAAAUGCAUCCGGAGCUGCUCGGCUUCAAUCUGCAGCUGUCGCCAAGCGAGCGUUCCCAUUCGGAUGAGGCCAUCUACAAGGAUCUGCAUUCCACGUAAGUGUUCAUUCGUGCAACUGGAAGCAUCGAUGCCACCGGCUCUUCAUCCUCGGAUUACUACGAGCGCACCUCGCAGAGCGGUUCGCUCUCGGUGGAGGAUGAGAAUAGCGAUAUAACCAUUGAGAAUGGCACCGAGGACAUUGACGACUAUAUCGAGGAUUCGCUGUCAAACAUGUGUGAUACAACGAUCGACAAUGAUGCCGUCAUCGUUGACGUCAAUCAAUCCGUCCAGGGGCAGCUGCGCGCUCUCUCCUUAGACCUUAACCUGAGCGUGGCCGGCAACGGUGGCUUUGACUGUGUCACGCCCACACCACAAAUGGAUGCGCCCAAGGCGAGCACAUCCGCAGCAGCAGCAGCGGCAGCAGCAACAGCUGCCUUUGAGAAGCAACAUCAUGCGUCCACCAGCUCCUCAUCAUCAUCGCUCUUUGUCAGCGAGAGCCAACGAUUGCAGCGAGCCGCUGCUGCUGUCUACAACUACCGAUCCUCGGAGCUGAUGUCCACGGAGCACGAGUACGCGUACAUCAAUGACAUCUACAGCGAAGACGACGAGAAGGUCUAUGAGGAUCUCUGCUACGUAACGUUCCAGUCAAAGGUCAAACCAGAGGUUACCACCGACAAUAUUGCAUGCAAUGGAACCGUAUAUGAUCACACCAACACAAAAGAAGAGGAGGUCUAUCAAGAUUUGUGCGCACUGCACAGAACGAGUAGAGGCCAGACCACAUCGGCGACCAGCUUUGAGCAGCGGGACUAUGUCAUACGCGAACUCAUCGAUACGGAAUCCAAUUAUCUGGACGUGCUUAAUGCACUCAAGGCCAAGUUUAUGCUACCUCUGGAGCGCCAUCUCAAUCAGGACGAACUGCGACUAAUUUUUCCCCGCAUACGGGAACUUGCUGACAUUCACACCAAGUUUUUAGAAAAGCUACGCGAAUCGCUGGUGCCCAACACAAAGCUUAAGAUGGGUCAGGUAUUCCUUGAGUUUCGCGAGCCAUUCCUCAUCUACGGCGAAUACUGCUCCUGCCUGCUGAACGCCAUUGAUUACCUAGCCGAUGUGUGCAAGAAAAACCAAAUCAUAGACCAGCUGGUCCAGAAAUGCGAACGCGAAUACAACGUGGGCAAGCUGCAGCUGCGGGAUAUACUGUCGGUGCCCAUGCAGCGCAUACUCAAGUACCAUCUGCUGCUGGACAAGCUGGUGAAGGAGACGUCGCCAUUGCACGAGGACUACCGCUCGCUGGAACGGGCCAAGGAUGCGAUGAUCGAUGUGUCGCAGUAUAUUAACGAGGUUAAGCGCGAUUCCGAUCAUCUUGUCAUCAUACAAAAGGUCAAGGACAGCAUAUUUGAUUUGAAUUUGCCGCAAAACGGCAACGAUCUGCUGCAAUAUGGCCGACUGCUGCUCGACGGCGAUCUGCACAUUAAGGCCCACGAGGAUCAGAAGACCAAGAUGCGUUAUGCGUUUGUCUUCGACAAAAUUCUGAUACUGGUCAAGCCGCUGCAUAUUAAAACCGGAGACAUGCAGUACACAUAUCGCGACUCGCACAACCUCGCCGACUAUCGCGUGGAACAGAGCCACUCGCGACGCACGCUCGGCCGGGAUACGCGCUUUAGAUAUCAGCUGCUGUUGGCACGCAAAUCCGCCAAGACGGCAUUCACACUUUACUUGAAGUCGGAGCAUGAGCGCGACAAGUGGCGCAAGGCGCUCACCGAAGCCAUGGAAAGCCUCGAUCCACCUGGCUGUCGCAAUACGGAUCACAAAAUGGAAAUCUACACCUUUGAUGCGCCCACAACUUGUCGGCAUUGCUCCAAGUUUCUUAAGGGCCGCAUACACCAGGGCUAUCGCUGCAAGGUGUGCCAGAUAAGUGUGCAUAGGGGCUGCAUCUCCUCGACGGGCCGUUGCAAACAGAAUCCAAUCAGCAUACCGCCGCCAGUGUGCGACCGCCAGUUGUCCGAAUUCAAUUGGUUUGUGGGCAAUAUGGAUCGCGAAACGGCGGCCAAUCGACUGGAAAAUCGCCGCAUUGGCACCUAUCUGCUACGUGUACGUCCCCAAGGUGCCUCCUCGCCGCACGAGACCAUGUACGCGCUCAGUUUGAAAACCGAUGAUCAUGUGAUUAAGCAUAUGAAAAUAAAUCAGGAAAACGAUGGCGAGUCCAUGCUCUAUUGUUUAUCCUCGCGCCGCCAUUUCAAGACCAUCGUUGAGCUGGUUUCGUAUUAUGAGCGAAACGAUCUGGGUGAAAACUUUGCCGGGCUCAAUCAGUCGUUGCAAUGGCCCUUCCGCGAGGUCAUUGCCACCGCGCUGUACGACUUCGAUCCGAAGGCUGGCAGCAAUCAGCUGCAACUGCGCACCGAUUGUCAGGUGCUUGUGAUUGGCAAGGAUGGCGACAGCAAAGGCUGGUGGCGCGGCAAGAUUGGUGAUACGGUUGGAUAUUUUCCCAAGGAGUACGUUCAGGAGCAUCCAGUCACUAGCGACGAGCUUUGAUAUUACAACUAUGAGGUUUACUUCGCACCUAAAGCGGGCACUCCAACGGCGGCCAUUUCUGAAACACCUGUAGCUCUACAAGCAACAAAUGAGGAUACGAUUCCCAACUACAACCAUAACAACAACAACAACAACAACAACAAUAACAGCUGUUAGACAGGCAACAACAAGAUGAACAUGAUGCUGAGAAAGCAAUAUCUGUUGCACUUAGUUCAAAUAUACAUAUACAAAAUCA